GCUAAGUUGCGCUUCACCUUACCGCUUCCAGUAAUAUUUCCGCCGCCCCCAAUCGGGUCGUCAAGAAGUAAAAUAAAGAUGAUCUCAUAAUACCCAAGCUGCCAGACUUGAGGAGCACUUCAAAAAAUUAAUUCAAACCUCGAAAUUUUGUGUCUAGAACCUAUCUUGUUUUACUUCAUCAUCAAAGUUUGAAGCCAAUUUAUUUCAAAAUGCCAGGAGAUCUUGUCACACUGGCCUCCGGCCACAAAAUGCCCCUCGUGGGUUUCGGUCUCUGGAAAGUCCCAGCUGAUACCGCAGCGGAGACUGUUUACAACGCGAUCAAAACCGGUUACCGAUUGUUCGAUGGAGCAUACGACUAUGCGAACGAGAAGGAGGCUGGUCAAGGCAUCAAGAGGGCCAUUGAUGAGGGCCUCGUGAAGCGAGAGGAGAUUUUUGUCACGACCAAGCUAUGGAACAACUACCACGAGAAGAACCAUGCGUUGAAAAUGGCCAAGUCGCAGAACGAGGCAUGGGGAUUGGGAUACAUUGACUUGUACCUCAUUCACUUCCCGGUUCCACUGAAGUACAUUGAGCCUGAGACCCUCCAGUUCCCCGGUUGGUGGAUGGACAAGGAGCAGAAGCUGAUCGAGAAGGCGAAUGUUCCUCUCCACGAGACCUGGGAGGCCCUCGAGGAGAUUGUCGACUCCGGCAUCGCCAAAUCGAUCGGUAUCUCCAACGCCAACGCGCAGACUCUCUAUGACCUGCAGACGUAUGCCCGUCACCCCAUCUCCGCCCUCCAAAUCGAACAUCACCCCUACCUCGCCCAGCCGGAGCUCAUUGCCAUGGCUCAGGAAAACAACAUCGCUGUCACCGGCUACUCAUCUUUCGGACCACAAUCGUUCCUGGAGCUCCCAGAGGCAUUCCGCCGCCGAACAAAGGAUAUAACUCUCCUCUUCGACGUCGAGGUCGUAAAGAACGCCGCUCAGCGCACUAGCAAGUCUCCCGCGCAGGUCUUGUUGAGAUGGGCCACCCAGCGAAAUAUCGCCGUGAUCCCGAAGUCCAACAAUGUCAACAGACUGAAGCAGAAUCUGGAGGUGACCGACUUCGAUCUGACGAAGGAGGAGCUCGAGGCCAUCAGUGCCUUGGAUAAGGGCUUGAGGUUCAACGACCCUGGGUUCUACCUCCACAAGCCGUUGAGGAUCUUCGCAUAAAGCUAAAGACCGUUUCGGGCAUUCAACCACACAGAUUGACGGAACACGUCCGCAUCCCGCAUUCCCACAUAGUCUUUUCCGUUGGAAUUUUCCGCAUCUCAUGGUGCGAUAGCGGCAUUAACAGUUAGCUAAACUGGGGAACGUGGGCCGCACCCUGUUGGGAGCAAGGAUUUAUGUCACAAUACUCCGAAUGUACCUAUGCCAUGGAUAGCCGUUGGUCAUAAGAAAUAAAUAAUAGACCAUAA